AUGCCUGAAUUCACCCCAUGGAAACGAUCCUACCAGCUUGGAGAAACGAGAUCAUUCCCUGUCACCUUUCUACUGUCCUAUCUAAUUGUGGGAGAAAAUAAAGUGCUUCUCCUGUCCAGCUCUUUUUCUGACAGGAACAGACAGUGCAGGACAGAAGUGUCUCUGCCAGCUGAGGGAGGGAAGAUGAGGGAUGGCUUCAGGCUGUUUCUCAGCAGGUUCCCCUGGAGCCCCAGGGACACCUGGAGGGAGCCCCGAGGGGGCAGAGAAAGGGCUGCCUUGGGCUGCUCCUCUGCUGCUGAGCUGGGCUGGGCUCCUGGCACGGAGAGGCAGCAGAUGUCCAACAGCAGCUCCAUCACUCAGUUCCUCCUCCUGGCAUUCGCAGACACACAGGAGCUGCAGCUCUUGCACUUCUGGCUCUUCCUGGGCAUCUACCUGGCUGCCCUCCUGGGCAACGGCCUCAUCAUCACCACCAUCGCCUGUGACCACCACCUCCACACCCCCAUGUACUUCUUUAUCCUCAACCUCUCCGUCCUUGACCUGGGAUCCAUCUCCACCACUGUCCCCAAGGCUACAACCAAUUCCCUCUGGGACACCAGAGCCAUCUCCUAUGAAGGAUGUGCUUCUCAAGUCUUUCUCUUUCUGUUUUUCAUUUCAGCAGAGUAUUUUCUUCUCACGGUGAUGUCCUACGACCGCUACGUUGCCAUCUGCAAACCCCUGCACUACGGGACCCUCCUGGGCAGCAGAGCUUGUGUCCACAUGGCAGCAGCUGCCUGGGCCGCUGGGUUUCUCACUGCUCUGCUGCACACGGCCAAUACAUUUUCCCUGUCCCUCUGCCAGGGCAAUGCUGUGGACCAGUUCUUCUGUGAAAUCCCACAGAUCCUCAAGCUCUCCUGCUCACAUGUUGCCCUGAGGGAGGUUGGGCUUCUUGUGGUUGGUGUCUUUUUAUCUUUUGGCUGUUUUGUUUUCAUUGUGGUGUCCUAUGUGCAGAUCUUCAGGUCAGUGCUGAGGAUCCCCUCUGAGCAGGGACGGCACAAAGCCUUUUCCACGUGCCUCCCUCACCUGGCCGUGGUCUCCCUCUUUAUCAGUACUGGAGUAUUUGCCUACCUGAAACCCCCCUCCAUCUCCUCUCCAUCCCUGGACAUUGUGGUGUCAUUUCUGUAUUCCGUGGUGCCUCCAGCACUAAACCCCCUCAUCUACAGUUUGAGGAAUCAGCAGCUCAAGGAUGCUGUGUGGAAACUGAUAUCUGGAUGA